AUGCUGCCAGAAGAGACGUGCAUGGGUGGAUUGGCUUGCAUGGACACCGCACAGUGCAACUCCAAUUUUAUGCUCGCCGCAGUCAGUGUUCCUGCAUCGGGUCGCACCGUGCUCCAUCUGUGCCUGUGGCACUCCGCACUGUACUUGCACAAAUGCUGGGAUCCGGAGAUGCAGGUACGGAUCAAGGCACCAAGGCACCAGGGCUUCCAGGCCGCCACGGCCGACCACCCAACCUGCCAACUGCCUCUCUCCGCCAAAAAAUCCAACAAUCCUGGCGUAAAAUCUGCUCAUAUCAAGAACCGAACCGCUAAAAACCAAACCACCACACCACCAAUCACUAGUAGCAUCCACACGGCCGACCGGAAUGGGUCUGAAAUCCGGCAGACUGGACGAGCCAGGCAGGGUUGCAAAUGCACCGGCUGCAGAUACCGUGACUGGGAGGGGUUCAUCUGGCACCACUGCGGCCCUAUGUACUGCCACGCUCCGGAGCUUUCUUCUGCGCCCAUAUGCACGUCCCUGUGCAUUCGGCUGGCCAGAACUUCUCUUCGUCGGGGCCUGGUCAUGCCAGACCUGGACAGAAUUGACCAGGCCUGUCCAUUGCCACCAGCUGGUGGCAAUGCCACCUUGCCCGAGAGCACCAUGUCGCAGUCUCUUCUCAACGCGGCAAAGCCUCGAAUUUGCCACUUUGAAUCUCAAUCACGACAAGUUUCCAAGCGACAAACCACGGUGCAAGUCACAUAUGUACACAACUCAGUCCAGUCUCGCGGCAGUCAUCCUCCCAUGAUGAAUCUGAAUCACUCUCAGCGGUCUUGUCUCGUCACCACAUUGCACUCCCCAUGGGCGAACAGGCCCUGGGAAACAGAUGGCCCCGCCGCCUAG